CCUGCUGAACUUUCCGAUGGAAAGGCAGUGGGAGACGUAUACGGCAUGGGCGAAGGAGUAUGACUCUGAUAUCCUGCACGUCGAGAUACUCGGGCAAUCCAUGAUAAUACUGAACACCCGGGACGCUUGCACCGACCUACUGGACAAGAGGUCUGCGCGCUAUUCGGGCAGGACAAGCUUGCCGAUGCUUACUGAUCUGAUGGGAUGGAGUCAUGCACUGCCGUUCCUUCCGUACGGCGACAAAUGGCGCAAGAGCCGCCGCUUCAUUGACGAGUACAUCAAUAGGCCCAUAGGUCGCGAGCGCAUCUUCACCACGCGCUCUAGCUGCGUCCACGCCUUUCUCCGUCACAUGCUCAACGCAAAGCCUGAUGGGCUCGAAGACAGCGCUCGCUUACUAGUGGGCCGGAUUAUCAUCGACAUGGCGUACGGGUUUGCGCCCGAAUCAGAGAACGACCCGUUCAUUGCACUUUCGGAAGCAGUUGCCAAGGCAGUUCUCAAUGCAAUAACGCCUGGAAGGUAUCUGGUGAAUAUGAUCCCGGCACUCAAGUAUGUACCAGUUUGGCUCCCAGGCGCGCGUUUCAAGAGGGAUGCCCUUCGAUGGCGAGACCAAAACAAUAUCAUGAUCGAAGAGUCGUAUGCCAGGGUCAAAGAGCAGAUAGUCAGCGACAGUGCUGCGCCAUCGCUUGUAUCGGUUAUGCUGUCCAAAAUCUGGUCCUCGACUGAGGAAACCCUUCUGAAGCAUACGGCCGGAAUAUUAUACAUCGCUGGAAUCGACACUAGCACCGCCUCCCUGGUGCAUUUUUUCCGCAUUAUGCUCGACCAUCCGGCCAUCCACAAAGCAAUAUUGGAGUGCACACAAAAUUUAUUCGUACAAAAUUCAUGAGAUCCAGU